CGGCCGGGGCGGGGGGAACUGGGUGGUGGGGCCGCCCUGGGGCGGAAGCCAGCAGACGGGAGCGAGAGGUCAGUCCCUCACCCCGCGGGCACCCACCGGUACGGACUGCGGGCUGGUCCUGGCGGGUGUAAGGCUGGACACCGCCGAGCUCUGCCGCCGCCUCUCCUCUCGGCUGGGGCGCGGACCGCAGCUCCCGGGGUCGGUACACCGGAAAACAGGCCUGGGGUUGCCGGUUUGUGGAGAGCGUCUUCACUUGUAAGGAGUACAGGCUCCCGGUGCCAGUAACCGACGAGGUAAGAGGGGCUGGGGCAGUAUGGCAGGGCGAGCGGGUGGGAGCUGAUUCUUCCCUCCAUUUUCCGGUGCUGCCAGUGAUUUGGCGGCAGCCGAUAACCGAGCCCGUGCGGCUGCGGUGGGAGAUAAGUUUGAAUGUGGAACGGUUCGAAGUUGGGCAUCUGAAGAUUAACUGGGUGCUGCAGGUGGGACCCGUGCCUGGGCAGGUGGCCCGGAGGGUGCAGAGCGUUCCAGGAAUUUUCCAUUAUGGCACAACGGAGGGAUGGAGCUAUGCUCUGCAAAGCUGGGAUGCCAUGGGAUGGGGAAGAUGUUGCCAGGAAUUGGCAGAGCACUGAGCACUGGGUAUUGUCGUCUCUGCCAUGGGAAGUUCUCCUCCAGGAGCCUUCACAAUGCUUUCGGGAAGGUGUCAGCGAUGGGGGAAAACUCGGAGAAGCAGUGCUGUGUGGAUCAGGUCUUCUUCAUGGACUUCCAGCGGCUGGUCGGCGUGGCUGUGCGACAGGACCCCACGCUCCCCCAGUUUGUCUGUAAGAAGUGCCAUGCCCAGUUCUACAAAUGCCAAAGCAUCCUCAGGACCUUCAUCCAGAGGGUGAACGCAUCUCCCACAGAUCAUGCAAAGUCCAAAGGAAAGAGCAGCAUGGCCCAGGCCCAGCUGGGAAUGGAAGGAAGUGCCUCCUGCAUGGUUGACCCGAUCACAUCCAGCCUGCAGUGCCUGCACAGUCUGGUGUCAUGGACGCACAGGCAUGCUGGGAGCUGUGCAUCAGUGCCCAGCCUGCAGAGUGUGCUCUCCUCUGAGUACUGUGGCAUCAUCCAUGCCAUCUGGGGCUGCGGCAGUGGCCACGACUACAUCAUGGACACAGAUUCGUACUGUAGCACAGUGCUUGUCAACAGCGCCUUGUCUGUCAAGCAAGAGUGGAACAAAAGCACAGCACAGCACUUAACUGACAGUGGGGCAGAGGCAGACAAUGCCAAGGCUGUUUCUGCUCCCAAACCCCAGCAUGCUUCAGUAAGGACAACUCCUUGCCAGCAGCCUGCAAACAAGGGGACCACAUCAGUGCCACUGAACAUGAAGAAUGAGUCACUGCAGAACAGGGAUUCAUUUCACUCUCAACUGGACAGCAUGGUCUCCUUGCAAGAGACAGCCCUGCCGCAGCCUGGGUCACCACUGAGCAAUGCUACAGGACAGUUGAGUGGGAAGCAGAUUCUGUCCGCAACAUUGGAUGAGCGGGUAAAAGACGAGUUCAGUGACCUUUCUGAGGGGGACUUCUUGAGUGACGAUGGAAACGAGAAAAGAAACGUGCAGUCUUCAGAUGACUCCUUUGAGCCUUACCCUGAGAAGAAGAUUUCUAGCAAGAAAAGCAACAUCAAAGAAGUAAAGAAGGCAGAAGAGCCCAACACAAGGAAGAAGCCAGGGCCUAAGCCUGGCUGGAAAAAAAAGAUCAAGUGUGAGAGGGAGGAGCUGCCGACCAUUUACAAGUGUCCUUACCAGGGCUGCACAGCUGUCUACAGAGGGGCUGAUGGCAUGAAGAAACACAUCAAAGAGCAUCAUGAAGAGGUACGGGAGAGGCCCUGUCCUCAUCCUGGUUGCAACAAGGUGUUCAUGAUUGACCGGUACCUACAGCGGCAUGUGAAGCUCAUUCAUACAGAGGCACGUAAUUAUAUCUGUGAUGAAUGUGGGCAGACCUUUAAGCAACGCAAACACCUCUCAGUCCAUCAGAUGCGGCACUCGGGAGCAAAGCCCCUUCAGUGUGAAAUCUGUGGUUUCCAGUGCAGGCAGCGAGCAUCGCUCAAGUACCACAUGACUAAACACAAAGCUGAGACAGAGCUGGAGUUUGCCUGUGACCAGUGUGGGAAGCGCUUUGAGAAAGCCCAUAACCUUAACGUACACAUGUCCAUGGUGCACCCUCUCAUCCACGUUCGGGACAAAGCUAAGCCACUGGAGCCAGAGCCUAUUCUCCUCCUAAAUACUUCAGGGACUUCAGAAAGCCAGGUGGUAAAGCCAGAAGUGACUGCACAGCAGGAGCACACCUGAGGGGGAUGGGGAAGAUUUCCCAGUCCAGCCCUGUAGAAACCAUAUGGCAGAGCAGAGGUUUUUAAUCUAUGUUUUAGUCUCCCAAAGAACUCAGUGAAAUUAGCUUCAGCUUGCUCAGAAAAAGCUUGUCUUCAUGCUGUGAUUAUCCAUGCUCGUGUCUGAUUCAGCAGUGUUGUACUGAGCAUCUGUCUAACCCCAGAGGGAUGGAUGUUCAGCAGCAUCCUUUCAUGGUCUCCUUUCUCCCCAUGCACACAGUUGUAGAAUCAGACUUCCCUGCCUGAAGGAACUGCUGCUGCCUGUACAGAAGUGGCCAGAUGUGGCUCUAAGAGUACAUAGGACAGUGGAGUGGACUUUAAGCAGACUUCUUUUUUCUGGAUUUAAAG